ACUGUGGUGGAAGAAGAAAAACACGAGCUUAACGUUGGAGCCCACGUGUUAUUGAGCUAAGAGAGACUGCUGGGAGAGAUAUAGCCUCAUUUUUCUCCUGACACACACACAGCGAGGGAGAGAGGGAGAGAGAGAGAGAGAGGGGGGGGAGAGAGAGAGAGAGAGAGACCAAACCGAGGACUACGCGUCUCUGCAGCAGAGCCUCGCGCGGGCUGCAGUUGAGUAGAACGUGACUUCAGCAGAAGUGCGGCGGCUCUGUGGAAGAGGGCAGCGGCGACACUGACGCUGAAGCGGCCGGAGAGUCCUGUUUUCUGCUCAGCCUGAACAUGGCUGGCGCUUUAGGGAGCUGCUGAGAGCUGAAAGAAGCUGACUGGAGGAGACGCUGUCACUGUAACCGCUGCUUUUCCACGGCGCGUCAGUGCGGGCUCGUGCGCGGCUCGGGGUUUGUUUUGCUCGCGCUGCACGAGGAGCCUCGCAUUGAGCCCCUUCUGAUCUGAUCCGUCUCGAGAACAUCAGCCAACAUGUCGGAUUUCUGCCCGUCCUGUGGCUCGCUCCCGUCCGGAUUUCUCUCUCUCUGCUCCUUUUCGUAAACAUUUUGGGCCGCUCGAGCCGAGAGAGAGUGAGAGAGAGAGAGAGAGAGCGCUGUAUAUUAAUUUUUAAUCUUUAUGCAUCCGCACGAAGACGGAGGAGCGCGAGAGGAGAAGAGAAACGGGAAGAGUGAGACUGAGAGAGAGAGAGAAAGAGAGAAAGAGGAGGAGAGCGAGAGGAAUGAAUGAGCUCCAGUGAAGAAGGGAGGAAGGAGAGAUUGGAGGAAUCAAGGUAAAGGUUCAGAGGGUGUGUAAGGGGAGCAGUGUGUCCCUCCCUCUGAAGCGCCUGGCUCUUCUCUCCCCUGCUGUACCCCACCAUGGCUCUGUCUCUCUGGCUGCUCUGUACCUGUGUGAUCACCCUCAGCAACAUCACCCCCUCUGCACAAGCACUGAGUCGCUCGGCGAUGCCCUUUGGUCUGAUGCGGCGGGAGCUGGCAUGUGAGGGUUACCCGAUUGAGCUGCGCUGCCCAGGCAGUGAUGUCAUCAUGAUUGAGACAGCCAACUAUGGCCGCACAGACGAUAAGAUUUGUGACGCGGAUCCAUUUCAGAUGGAGAAUGUGCAGUGUUACCUGCCUGACGCCUUCAAGAUCAUGUCUCAGAGGUGUAAUAACCGUACACAGUGUGUAGUCGUUGCUGGGUCAGAUGUGUUUCCUGACCCGUGUCCGGGCACCUACAAGUAUCUGGAGAUUCAGUAUGAGUGUGUGCCCUACAAAGUGGAUCAAAAAGUCUUUGUAUGUCCCGGGACCCUCUUGAGGGUCCAGGCAGCGAGCUCACUGCAGGAGGCAGAGCACCAGUCGGGGGCGUGGUGUAAAGACCCUCUGCAGUCAGGUGACCGGCUCUAUGUCAUGCCCUGGACGCCGUACCGGACGGACAUGCUAUAUGAAUACGCAUCGUGGGAGGACUUCAGACAGAACCGGGCCACCACCACCUACAAGUUGCCAAACCGAGUGGAUGGCACAGGCUUUGUGGUGUAUGAUGGUGCGGUCUUCUAUAACAAGGAGCGCACGCGCAACAUCGUCAAAUACGAUCUGCGUACACGCAUCAAAAGUGGAGAGGCCAUCAUCGCCAAUGCCAACUACCACGACACCUCUCCAUACCGCUGGGGUGGCAAGUCCGACAUCGACCUGGCCGUGGAUGAGAAUGGCCUGUGGGUGAUCUAUGCCACUGAGGCCAACAACGGACGCUUAGUGGUCAGCCAGGUGAAUCCAUACACGUUGCGUUUUGAAGGCACAUGGGAGACGACUUUCGACAAGAGGCUGGCAUCCAAUGCCUUCAUGGCUUGCGGUGUGCUGUAUGCAGUCCGUUCAGUAUAUCAGGAUGAUGACAGCGAGGCCGGAGGAGACCUGGUGCUGUAUGCCUACAACACCAACCGCAACCAAGAGGAGCCUGUCCACAUCCCCUUCCCAAACCCAUACCAGUACAUCUCCUCUGUGGACUACAACCCACGAGACAAUCAGCUCUACGUGUGGAACAACUACAACGUGCUAAGAUAUCCGCUGGAGUUCGGCCCACCAGACCCCACCACGGGUUCGCUGGCUACCACUCAGUCAUCAAGCACCACACCAGCUCGAUCGUUUUCCUCCAGCUUCAGCCCCUCCACCACUCGCCCAUUGCCCCCCACCUCUCACCCUAUCGGGGCGAUAAAUAAAGCGCCUGACCUGCGGCCAAUCACUGCCACGGUGCCGGUGACACGACGGCCCCCGCGGCCUCCUCCCGGUCCGGAGGCCUUGCUGUGUGAGUCCAGGAUGGCCCGUGGUGUCCAGUGGCCCACUACACAGAGUGGAGAGACUGUGGACAGACCAUGCCCUAAAGGGUCACUCGGCAUCGCCUCUUUCCAGUGUGCAUCGUCUCCAGUGCAGUGGAACCCUCGUGGUCCUGACCUCAGUAACUGCACUUCUCCAUGGGUCAACCAGGUGGCCCAAAAGAUAAAAAGUGGGGAGAAUGCAGCAAACAUUGCCGGCGAGCUGGCGAACCACACACGGGGUCGUAUCCACGCCGGCGAUGUCAGCUCCUCUGUACGACUGAUUGAACAGCUGCUGGACAUUCUGGAUGCUCAGCUCCAAGCUCUGAGGCCCGGCAGCAAAGAGUCAGCAGCCAGGAACUAUAAUAAGUUACAGAAGAGAGAGAGGACCUGCCGUGCAUACAUUCAGGCGGUGGUCCAGACGGUGGAUAAUCUGCUGCGUGUGGAGGCUUUGGAGUCAUGGCGGGACAUGAACAGCUCGGAGCAAGCUCACACUGCCACCAUGCUGCUGGACGUCAUGGAGAAAGGAGCCUUCCUGCUGGCAAACAACAUGUACGGCAGUCGCUUCAGUGACCACGGCAACAACAUCGAUUUGGAGGUGCAUAUCCUGAACACUGAGAUGGAUCUACAGGAUCUGUCCUUUCCUGAGAAUAAUCCAACCGACAGCAUCCAGCUCUCAGCCUCUACAGUCAAACAGUACAGCCGCAAUGGUCAGGUAAAGGUGGUCUUCUUGCUUUAUAAGAAUCUGGGGUCUUUCCUGUCCACUGAAAAUGCCACUGUAAAGGUGGAGGUGGAGCCUGAGCUUGGUGGACGGAGCUUAGCUGUCAACUCGCAUGUCAUUGCAGCAUCAAUCAACAAAGAGUCCAGCCGAGUGUUUCUGACUGUACCUGUGGUCUUCACUUUGAGACACCUACAGCUGGAGAAUCACUUCAGCCCAAACUGUUCAUUCUGGAAUUAUUCGGAGCGUACGAUGACGGGCCAGUGGUCGUCUCAGGGCUGCAGGCUGAUGGCCACAAACAGCACACACACCACCUGCUCCUGCUCACACCUUACCAACUUUGCUGUGCUUAUGGUGCAGCAUGAACCUAAUAAUCCUGGUCAGAUGCAUGAGUUGCUGCUGUUUGUAAUUACGUGGGUCGGCAUUGUAAUCUCUCUGGUUUGUUUGGCCAUCUGUAUCUCCACCUUCUGCUUCCUGAGAGGUCUUCAGACUGACCGUAACACCAUCCACAAAAACCUCUGCAUCAAUCUCUUCAUUGCUGAACUCCUCUUCCUCAUCGGCAUCCACAAGACACAGUAUCACAUUGCAUGCCCCAUUUUCGCCGGCCUGCUUCACUUCUUCUUCCUGGCAGCCUUCUCCUGGCUGUGUCUGGAGGGUGUUCAGCUGUAUCUGAUGCUGGUGGAGGUGUUCGAGAGCGAGUACUCCAGGAAGAAGUACUACUACCUGUGCGGCUACUGUUUCCCCGCGCUGGUGGUGGGCAUCUCAGCAGCCAUCGACUACCGCAGCUACGGGACCAAGAAAGCGUGCUGGCUGCGGGUGGAUAACUACUUCGUGUGGAGCUUCAUUGGCCCUGUGUCCUUCGUUAUCAUGCUGAACCUGGUGUUUUUGAUGGUCACCCUGCACAAGAUGGUCUGCAAUUCCUCUGCCCUCAAGCCCGACUCCAGCCGCCUGGAUAACAUCAAGUCCUGGGCGCUGGGGGCCAUCACCCUGCUCUUACUCCUGGGCCUGACCUGGGCCUUUGGCCUUCUGUUUAUCAAUGAGAAGACGGUCACUAUGGCCUACCUCUUUACCACCUUCAACGCCUUCCAGGGCAUGUUCAUCUUCAUUUUCCACUGCGCCCUGCAGAAAAAGGUCCAUAAGGAAUACAGUAAGUGUCUGCGUCACUCAUACUGCUGCGGCCGCUCCUCCAGCUCCAGCUCACACGGCUCUCUAAAAAACUCCGCUCUCCGAGCCAAUAACCGCUACUACACCAGCAGCCAAUCACGCCAUGCAGCUGCACACAGACAGAGCCGAAUCCGUCGCAUGUGGAAUGACACAGUGAGGAAACAGACUGAGUCCUCUUUCAUGGCAGGAGACAUCAACAGUACUCCCACACUCAACCGCGGCACCAUGGGUAAUCAUCUCCUGACUAACCCAGUCCUGCAGACUCGUACAGGCACCUCCCCCUACAACACUCUUCUGGCUGAAAGCUUCACACCCCCCUCACCUGGGGUCUUCAACUCCACUGGAACCUUCCGUGACCCAAAAAGCACCCUGUCUAGGAAUCGGGACCAUGGAGGCAUGGAGACUCUUCCACUGAACGGAAACUUCAACAACAGCUACUCCCUGCGUAGUGGCCCAGGCGGUCCGAGUGGUCCUGGUGGUGGCAGCUGUGACUUCCUGGGGGGUGGAGACAGCCCCCCUCCUCUUCUGAACCCACGCGGGGCAGAGACCCUGGGUGGAAUCCGGCGCAACCUGUCGGAUGCCGCCGCCUUGGAGAAGAUGAUCAUCUCAGAGUUGGUUCACAACAACCUGAGAGGAGGUGGAGUAGGAGUCGGGGGCGGGGCCGGAGACAGAGCCUGCGGCAGCCUUGCCCGAGGUCAUGGUCACACCCAUACAGAAAGGGGCAUGGCCAAAUUGGUCCCAGGUCAAGAGGAAGAGGAUGAAGACUUUCCGCAGCGGGACAUCCUUGGCCAGAGGACACCGCAGGAUGUGGAGCUGCUGUACAAAGCACUAGAGGAGCCGCUGCUGCUUCAGCAGUGUCGCGCUCAGUCUGUGCUCUACCAGAGCGAUCCAGAGGAGAGCGAGAGCUACACAGCUGAAAGCCUGGGCCACAGUGGCCACAGCGGGCACAGUGGGCACAGAGGAGCGCCAGAAUCACCUGCCCGGGACUCGCUCUACACCAGCAUCACCAACCUGCGUGACUCGCCGCCUUACCCAGACAGCAGCCCUGAGCCGCUGGAAGUAGUUCCCCGUUCGGCACAACCACCCCAGGAGCUCUACUACAGUUCGGGACGACCUGCCCUGGGCUCCCGCGGGGCACCCAUGCAAACCUUCUAUCAGCCAGCGGCCACCAGGAGGCCCAGUGGCGAAGCUCACCCAGCCCCAGAGCCCCCGGCUAAUCACGGAGCAGAGGGAGAUGGACAGAUGCAGCUGGUCACCAGCCUGUGACAGAAGGGAUGUUCUGGCAAGGGAAGAGGAAAGAUAGAAAAGGAGGAAGAAUGACUGAAAGCUGUGAGGGCUCAUGCUGACGCUGAUGCUUUCCGUACCCUCACCAACACCUCUCUCGCGAACCCUGCCUCCUGUCCAGUCGCUCGUUGUUUGUUUUUUUUUUGUUUGUUUUGCAUACCUUUGAUUCUUUCAAAGCAAGAGGUCAGGGAAGGUGUAAACAGAGACAUUACAAAGGUCGCAGGGUCUCUGUGACAGCAGGCCGCAGGCAGCUCUGCAACAGACCUUCUUUCUCCCUCUUCCCUCAGUUGAUUCCCCUGCCAUCCAACUCUCCCUCAACAACUGAGGAUAUUUUCAACCAUCCCCCCUUUGAAUUAAGUUCAUGAAACCAAUCGUUUUUUCCCCCUUUCGAGUCCCUUCUCAUCUUCUUUCGUCUCCCUUUCUCUCACCCUCAUUAUUUGCUGAGAGCUGUUAUGCGAAGAGAAGAGGGGGUAUUGCCGUUGUGCUGCAGCACGAAAAGAAAGAACUCCGUCUGAAAGCUCUUCACUGUUGCCAAAAAUAUGUUUGUUUUUUUUUUGAGCCAGAACACAAACUGGAACACACACAUGCACACACACACUCACGUAAGUGCUUGUUACAGAACAUCAGACCAUGAACAACAUGCGCUCAUGAAAAAGAAACAAGGACUAUUAUUCAGAAGCAGGUAGCAGGAAGCUGCCUCUGUGGAGUUGCCUUUUAUUCCCUGUCUCACUUUCUUUCUUUCUUUCUUUCUCUCUCUCUUGCUCUCUUUCUCUAUCUCUGAAUGGACUCUCAUGUACAGAACUUUCACUGAAACUUGGUACAGCUGCCUGGCCAACUAGCCACAGUUACUCUGUCUGUUAGACUCUGUGGUGAGCCGGUGUGCAGCCGUGGACAAACCUUUUUAGCGUUUGGUGUGCAUCUGAGGUGGGCGUUUUUAAAAGGGGACGUUGGGCGUCUCCCCUGCAUCUUGGCAGCUUGGAGAGCUCCCAAGAACCUUUUGUUUUGUUUGUUUGUUUUUUUGUUUUUUUUUUGCAAGCAUCCUGGGACAUUCUCCAAGCCCAAAGCCUGUACAUACGAACCACACACCGCAAGCUCUAACACCAAUCCUAUACUGUAAAUAGAAGCGAAAAGCAACAAAAGAGUAUCAACUACUAUGGGAGGAACUGAUUUCUUGUACUGCAACGACAAAAAAAUACAAAAGAGUGGAACAAAAACAAUGAAAUAAAGUCAAAUGUUUGGGGAA